AUGACAUCGACUAGCAACGAUGACGAUGCAAUAGUCGAACGGGCAAAAAAAAUCCCCAAGACUUUAAAACGACGAUACCGCAUGGUAGCCUUGGACCUGGAUGGAACCUUGCUGUCCACCAAGCGAACGGUCGCCAAUGUCCAAGCGGAAUAUCUUCGUGGCCUAUCCGAAAAAGGAUUUCAUGUCUGCAUUGCCACUGGAAGAGCUGCUACCGGAACUUAUGAUCACGCGGCCAAGUUGCAAAUACCCAAGCUUCCUGUGGUGUGUUCCAAUGGUUCCCGUGGAUUCUUUUGGUCUCCCAGCAGCAGCAUUUCGGAUGGCAAUGAGGACGACAACGAUAAUAGUGCUCCCAUGAUUGAAGAAUUGUUUCAUCACCAAGUCCCCAAAGAAGUGGUCCAGCGUGCCAUUCGUAUGGCAAACCAGCAUGGAUAUUGCAUCCAAUACUACUACAUGGAUUCCGUGUAUGCCAACCAAAAGAAUCCAACCCAUUACAAGUGCACCACCAUGUACACGGACUAUACCGGAGUACGGAUAGAUCAUAUCGAUGAUGAUUUCCAAGAACUGUUGGAGAAAAAUCAUCUUCCCUCCAAACUGUUGCUGCUCUUUGAUGACAAGGAUGGCACAAAGGCUCGUCAAGUGGCAAAUGAAGAAUUUGAUCCCACAGAAGCGACCAUUGUCAAGGGGUACUGCUCGUGGUUUAUGGAGAUUUUAAAUGCAACGAGCAACAAGGGGGUUGGUCUAAGGCGCAUGUGCCACCAACUCGAAAUCCCACUCGAUCAGGUCAUUGCGAUUGGCGAUGGAUGCAACGAUCUCGAAUUCUUGCAAAUGGCUGGAUUGGGAGUUGCCGUCAAGAAUGCCGAACCGGAAGUCAAAGAAAUUGCCGAUAUCAAUCUAGACUUUACCAACGACGAUCAUGGACCCAUGAGAAUAUUGCAGGAGCUGGAGGAAAAGGGAGAAUUGGCGUUUCAGUAA